AUGUCUAUAGUGUCUCUCCCUCUUCACGUAAACCCCAGAACGUACUGGAUCUUCGCAUUUCCCUCUCGAACAAUCCAUUCGGAAAACAGCCCUAAUUCUUCGAUCGCUCCGGAGCUGGUUUCCACGCAUCUACCCUUCUCCGAGCCAUGAAUGCACCGGUGCUGGUUCUCAGGGAUUCUUUGAAACGUGAAUCUGGAAGUAGAGUGCACCAUGCCAAUAUCCUAGCUUCAAAGGCUGUGGCUGACAUAAUCCGGACUACCUUAGGUCCACGAUCCAUGUUGAAGAUGCUACUUGAUGCUGGGGGAGGAAUUGUGGUCACUAAUGAUGGGAAUGCAAUUCUGCGAGAGUUGGAUCUUGCUCAUCCAGCUGCUAAGUCCAUGAUUGAGCUGAGCCGCACGCAAGAUGAAGAAGUAGGUGAUGGGACAACUUCUGUCAUUGUUCUUGCUGGUGAGAUGCUUCAUGUUGCUGAAACGUUCAUUGACAAGAAUUAUCAUCCUACGGUAAUUUGUCGAGCUUAUAAUAAAGCUCUUGAGGAUGCUGUUGCAGUGCUUGACAAGAUUGCUAUGCCUAUUGAUGUAAAUGAUCGUGUUCAAAUGUUGGGGUUGGUAAAGAGUUGCAUAGGCACAAAAUUUACCAGUCAAUUUGGGGAUCUAAUUGCUGAUUUAGCACUUGAUGCUACCACUACUGUCGGUGUGGACCUUGGUCAAGGACUUCGUGAAGUUGACAUUAAGAAGUAUAUAAAGGUUGAGAAAGUUCCUGGAGGCCAGUUGGAGGAUUCAAAGGUUCUUAAAGGUGUUAUGGUUAACAAAGAUGUUGUUGCGCCUGGCAAAAUGAGAAGGAAAAUUGUCAACCCACGCAUCAUUUUACUUGAUUGUCCUCUUGAGUACAAGAAAGGGGAGAAUCAAACAAAUGCUGAGUUGGUCAGAGAAGAAGACUGGGAAGUUCUGCUGAAGAUGGAGGAAGAGUAUAUUGAGAAUAUAUGCAUGCAAAUUCUGAAGUUCAAGCCUGAUUUAGUCAUUACAGAAAAAGGACUUAGCGAUCUGGCUUGCCAUUACCUGAGUAAAGCUGGAGUGAGUGCAAUAAGGAGAUUGAGGAAAACUGACAACAAUAGAAUUGCUAAAGCCUGUGGGGCCGUCAUUGUUAACAGACCAGAUGAACUUCAAGAGUCAGACGUAGGAACUGGGGCUGGACUUUUUGAGGUUAAGAAAAUUGGGGAUGAAUUCUUUGCAUUCAUUGUUGAGUGCAAGGAUCCCAAAGCUUGCACAGUUCUGUUACGAGGUGCUAGUAAGGAUCUUUUGAAUGAAGUUGAAAGAAAUUUGCAGGAUGCUAUGUCCGUGGCCAGGAACAUAAUAAAGAAUCCAAAACUUGUUCCUGGUGGGGGUGCUACAGAGUUAACUGUAUCGGCUACACUGAAGCAGAAGAGUCAAUCUAUUGAAGGCAUUGAAAAGUGGCCUUAUGAAGCUGCAGCAAUAGCUUUUGAGGCUAUACCACGGACUUUAGCACAGAAUUGUGGGGUCAAUGUGAUUAGGACUAUGACUGCGUUGCAGGGGAAGCAUGCAAAUGGAGAAAAUGCAUGGAUUGGUAUAGAUGGAAGCACUGGGUCAAUUUCAGACAUGAAAGAGCAAAAGAUCUGGGAUGCUUAUAAUGUGAAAGCACAAACCUUCAAGACGGCCAUUGAGGCUGCGUGCAUGCUUCUUAGGAUUGAUGAUAUUGUUAGUGGAAUCAAGAAGAAGCAAGCUCCAGGGUCAAGUCAACCAUCAAAACCAACAAUCGAGCAAGAAGGAGAUGCAGACAAUGAGCAAAUCCUCCCCGAGUGAAUGUCAGGCAACCAAAGGGAGUGUUUUUAAUUAUGGGUUCAUUCUAUUUUAAAGCUGAUUUUGUGCCCCCCCCCCCCCUUUUUGGGUUGGUUUCUAUCCUAAAAGAGCUGCUGUUGCAUGGUCCACUUAUUAGAAAACAUUGUUUAGGAUUUGAUGUAAUUCUGCCUGCCUUCCUUUUUAGGGUGGGAGUUGGCAUUGGGGCUGAUCAGUGAUUCCAAGCUUUGAUAAGAAGGUAUCUGUUUCUCACUGAUUUGGUUUCCCUCCUGUUAAGAAGAUGACCUUUUUUGAUCAAUGAUUGUUCAGUUUGAUUUUACUGUCAAGUUUUUUUGUGUCCUUUUAUUUUGGAAUGCACGGUUUGCUUGCAUUCGGGAAAAAAAAGCCCAAAUUUGCCUUGCAAAAUUUCAAUUUUGAUUAGUUUUAACCAUAGUUGUGACAGGUGCGCCUCAGGCGCAACGCAGCCCCUGCGCCUUAGAACACCCACCCCCCCCCCCCCCCCCCCCCCCCAAAAAAAACGAGGCGGCCAAGGCGUGCACCUAUCUGUGUUUGUUUUUUUUUUUUUUGGUUCGUCCAGACUCAGCAUAGCGCAUCACGAAUCGAGUCAAGCAAUAAUAAUAUUUUUUUCUUGGUGUGCCUAGCCUUUGCCGGGCACGCUUCUCGUCUUGUGCCUUGAACUCUAGGAUUCUUUGCGCUUUGCCCUUUGCCCUUUUAAUAACUAUAGUUUUAACUCUUUUAUGCUCCUGAAAUAUUAGGGUUUGAAUUUUUUUAAUUUUAAUUUUAUAACUAAUUAUUCCUUCACAUUUUUUAAUUUUUUUAUUUCAGUGUGGAGUUUAAAAAAAACUAAAUUUUCUAUUUUUUAACGAGAGAUUUAAUCAUUCAAUAAGAAAUUAGAGUUGACAAAUUAGAAGUAUUUUUUAAAGCGACGGCCACCAGUUUGUGGUUUACUUUGACUUUGAAAUAUUCAAUUUCUUUUUUGUAAAAUUUAAAUUUACUUUGGAAUUAAAUCCUUCAAAAAAAUUUAUGGAUGAAUUUAAGUAAAAAAAAAAAAAAAAAAAGCUCAAGAAUUAAAUUAAUCAAAUUAGGAAAGCUAAA